AUCUUUCAUAACAAUCCAGGAAACAGCUGGAACAUAUCUUCCAGACCCGAAAGUAAUUUCCUCAGUUUGGUAUCUGCGUAGCACACAGAGGCAUAGCAAAACCAGCCAAGUCGAGACCCUCAGGCACUGUCAGGAUGACCGUCAAAGUUCAUAUCGUUUACUGUGGCGGAUGAGGGUACCGGCCCAAGUUCAUCAAACUCAAGACGUUGCUUGAGGAUGAAUUCCCAAACGAACUUGAGAUUACUGGUGAGGGCACACCCUCAACCACAGGCUGGUUGGAGGUGGAAGUAAACGGCAAGUUGGUGCACUCUAAGAAGAACGGAGAUGGAUUUGUUGACUCCGAUUCAAAAAUGCAGAAAAUCGUGACUGCCAUCGAGCAGGCCAUAGGGAAAUGAGCAUGAACUGAUCAUAGAGGCAGUUUUCUUCUCUGUUUGUGGGACUCCUGGGUAGUGCAACAAUGAUGGUGACGUCCAAAGUGUUUCACGCACGGAUGUUGCUUGAUGCUCUCCGCUCUUCCCAGGAAAAGAACAUCAGAGCAGGAAACUCCCUAUGUAAACCGCUUCAGAUUAACGCUUUAAUGGUUGAAAACGAAAAGGGAAAUCUUUAAAUUAGACACAAUUUGUCAGAACGUGUUAAAUUAAGGGUACUUUUGACCUGAUUUUUGUUUUUCUCAGUGUGUUUGCCUUUGCUACAACGCACAAGUUUAGGGAAUGUUCUGGCAUUACUUAAGACUUUAAUGCAAUAAAGGAUGUUACUGGC